CAAGAGCAACAUCAAUGUUGUUGCACCUCUAGAGGUUCCUUUUUUUAUUUACAAAAAUGCAGUGAAAAGUGGGCGAAAACAAGUGAAAAAACACAAAAAAUGGCCACCCAAAAGCCAGGCGAGUGGGCAAGUGCCCUUUUGGCCCGCUUCGAGGAUCAGCUGCCAAACCGAAUUGGAGCCUACGGCACGCAGGCGAGGAUGAGCCAGGACCAACUGGUGGCCUGUUUAAUACACAUUUCGCGGUACCGUUUCUCUCUGGUCAUCUCCGGGCUGACCAAGAUGCUGCAGCGCGUCAAUGAAGCGGCCCUCCAAAAUCGCCAUGAGCCGGAACGUUGUUACUUCGAGUCCCUGGUCAUUAUACUGACCACCCUGGAGCGCUGCUUGACCAACCAAACCAAGGACACCGCACGUUUUGAGGAGGCCAUGAAUGUUAAGCUCCUGCUGCGCGAAAUCUCCCAGUUUGUGGACGUACAAAGCGAUAGUAAUCCGAAUGCUGCCCAGCUCAAGGCUUUGGCCUCGAAGGUGCUUUUCGCGCUAUCCCAGAACCACUUCUCGGCGGUGUUUAAUCGCAUCUCGGCUAGGAUACAAGAGUUGACAUCCUGCUCCGAGGAGAAUCCGGACUACAAUGACAUCGAACUCAUACAGCACAUCGACAUGGACAUGAUAAAGCUGACCAAGCUGCUGCAAGAAACCAUCACAAAGUUUCGUUCCAAACGUGCGCCGCCUUUGAUUUUGCUUUACUCGCUGGAGAAGGCCAUUUGGAACUGGAUUGAGUACCAUCCGCAGGAGUUCCAGGACCUGCAAAGGGGCACCAAUAGGGAUAUAUCCACCUGCUGGGAACCCCUUAUGGACUUUGUGGAGUACUUCAAGUCGGAGAACAAGAAAAGCAAGACUUUGGUGUGGCCCUUGCAGAUGCUGUUGCUCAUACUGAAUCCCUCUUGCCUGGAGGCCACUGUCAACGAGCUGCAGCAGUCAGAAAAGGAGAAGGAAAAGGAGAAAGUUCCCUCCAAGUCCGCUCAGUCCACCUCCAGGGACAAGGACUUUUCGGCCAAGCAGUUCAUCGAGAGCAUCAAGCGAGGUUUGGGCCAGCAUUCGCCCUCCAAGCAGGUCACCGAGUCCUCGGCCAUAGCCUGCGUCAAGCUCUGCAAGGCCUCCACGUACAUCAACAUCACCGACUCGAAUAAUGUCGUUUUCAAGCUGGUCCAGUACUUUAUCAACGACCUCAAGGCUUUGCUCUUCAAUCCGGCCAAGCCCUUCUCCCGAGGACAGGGCUAUAACUUUGCAGACAUUGAGCUGAUGAUUGACUGUUGGGUGUCCUGUUUCCGCAUCAAUCCGCAUAACAUUGAGGCAUUGAAAGUGUGCCUGAAUCUGUCCUCGCCGCAGGCUUACCACUUUGUGAUUGUGUGCUCUUUGUUAAGACUGGCUCACAUCUAUGUAGACUUUCGCCUGCAGAACAAGAAUCCUUUUCGGAUUGUCAACCAACCUAGGUUAUCCUGGUGGCCUCAGACAGAUGUGGUUCACUAUCGUUCUGCGGAGCUGCGGGCUCUGUUCACGGACACGCUCAACAAGGCCACCCAGGGCUAUAUAGCCCACACUCCCCUGCGCUACAUCACCUCCCUAACGCUCAAGUCCAAGGACACCCAGAAGGGUUUAACGCGGGCCGAAGAGGGUCCUGCCCACAAGAUGCUAUUGCUGUUGCUUGUCCGUCUAAUCCAUGCAGAUCCCACGCUUUUGCUAAACACCCAGGGAAAGGUGGCCCACGAGGUGCAGAGUUCCACGCUGGAGCUCAUAAACGGUCUCGUGAGUCUGGUUCACCAAACCACCAUGCCCGAUGUGGCCCAAGAGGCCAUGGAGGCUCUUCUGGCUUUGCAUGCACCGGAAAAGAUUGAAGUCUGGAAUCCAGAGGCCCCCAUCAACACUUUUUGGGACGUUAGUUCCCAGGUGCUGUUCUCCAUCUCGCAGAAACUUAUCCAGCAUCAGAUAGCCAACUACACGGAUGUUUUAAAGUGGCUGCGCGAGAUCCUGAUCUGCAGGAAUACCUUCCUCCAGCGGCACAAAGACUACGCCCAUGUGGGCAGCCAAAUUGCCAUUUGCAAGCAGGCCCACAUCAAAAUGGAGGUGGUCUUCUUUAUGUAUCUAUGGAGCGUUGACUUGGAUGCAGUGCUGACCUCGCUUUCGUGUUUUGGGCUGCUUUGCGAGGAGGCGGAGAUCUGCUGCAGCUCCGAUGAGCUGACAGUGGGCUUUAUAAUGCCGAAUUAUCACAUCUAUCAGGAGCUGGCACAAUUGUCCUCAUCUGCCACGGAUACUAGAAUAUGCUUCUUUGACAACACCCAUGGCAAUGUCCUCAGCCGACUUACUUUGCAGAAACGCAUAAUGACUUUACUGCGCAAGAUCGAGCACUGCGUCCAUGGUGUCCAGCCUGCCUGGGAGGAGACCUUCCGCAACUGGGAGGUUUCCAGCAAGGUCCUGCAAACCUAUCCCAAGUGCAAGGGCGAGGAUGCCCAGGCGGAGGUCUUUCAUCGAGGAAUGGGCAAGCGAAGAGCUAGUCAUCAAAGCUCAGAGCAUGAUUUGGAAGAGCAGAUCAACGAGUGGGCCAAUAUGACCUGGUUUCUGCUGGCUCUGGGCGGCGUCUGCCUGCACAAGCGUAGUAGCAGCCGGCAAAUGCUGCUUCAGCAAUCCCAAAACAAUGCCUCUUUAGGAUCCUUGGCUCAAAACUCUCUGUACUCCAGCUCUACCAGUUCCGGGCAUGGUUCCCUGCAUCCCAGCACUGUGUCUUUGUCCACCAUACCGCCAGCGCCGCCUCAAGAUGUUAGCUACUGUCCUGUGACUCAAUUCAUUGGCCAACUGUUGCGUCUGCUGGUCUGCAGCAAUGAGAAAAUCGGCCUCAAUAUCCAAAAGAACGUCAAGGAGCUUGUGGGCGAGGAGAUGUCCACCCAGCUGUUUCCCAUACUCUUCGACCAAAUACGCGCCAUCGUGGAAAAGUUCUUUGAUCAGCAGGGCCAGGUCAAUGUCAAUGUCACGGACAUCAACACGCAGUUCAUCGAGCACACAAUCUACAUAAUGAAGUCUAUCCUGGAUCCCAAGGCCAGCAAGGAUCCCAACAACGAGCAGCCCUCGCCCUCAGAGCACCUGGGUGUCACCAGCAUCGAGGGCAUGAUGCUGGGCAUCGUUCGGUAUGUCCGACAUCUGGACAUGACCGUCUAUGCCAUAAGGAUCAAGACCAAGCUCUGCCAGCUGGUGGAGGUGAUGAUGAAGCGGCGCGAUGAUCUUGCCUUUCGCCAGGAGAUGAAGUUCCGCAACAAGUUGGUGGAAUACCUGACCGACUGGGUGAUGGGCACCUCGCAUCAGAUAGCGCCGCCCAGCUCUGCGGAUGCUUCUAUACUGACCAACACAUCGCUUAUCUUUCGGGAUCUGGAUCAGGCCUGCAUGGAGGCAGUGGCCGCUCUGCUGAGGGGUCUGCCACUCCAGCCGGAGGAAUCUGAUAGGGGAGAUUUGAUGGAUGCCAAGAGUGCUUUGUUCUUGAAGUACUUUACCUUGUUUAUGAAUCUCCUGAAUGACUGCAUCGACAGCUCCGAGGCGGAAAAGGAGAUGAACAAUACCCCUUUGCUGCCACCAAGACCUAGAAUGGCAGCUGGCAAGUUGACGGCGCUCAGGAAUGCCACCAUCCAGGCCAUGUCCAAUCUUUUGGGUGCCAAUAUAGACUCGGGUUUGAUGCACUCCAUCGAUCUGGGCUACAACCCGGAUUUGCAGACCCGGGCUGCCUUCAUGGAGGUCCUUACACAAAUCCUGCAGCAGGGAACCGAAUUUGACACUUUGGCGGAGACUGUCCUAGCGGAUCGCUUCGAGCAACUGGUCCAGCUGGUCACCAUGAUCAGCGACAAGGGUGAACUGCCCAUAGCCAUGGCUCUGGCCAAUGUGGUGACCACCUCGCAGAUGGAUGAACUGGCCAGGGUUCUUGUCACGCUCUUUGAUGCCAAGCAUCUGCUGUCGCCUUUACUGUGGAACAUGUUCUACCGCGAGGUGGAAGUCUCCGACUGCAUGCAGACCCUCUUCCGUGGAAAUUCGCUGGGCAGCAAGAUCAUGGCUUUUUGCUUCAAGAUCUAUGGAGCAAGUUACUUGCAAAUGCUGCUGGAGCCGCUGAUUCGUCCUUUGCUGGACGAGCAGGAGGAGACUUGCUUCGAGGUGGAUCCAGCCAGGCUGGAUCCCAGCGAGGACAUUGAACAGCAUCGCAAUAACCUAAUAGCGCUCACCCAAAAGGUUUUCGAUGCCAUUAUCAACUCUUCGGAUCGUUUUCCUCCGCAGCUGCGCUCCAUGUGCCACUGCCUGUACCAGGUGCUGAGCAAACGCUUCCCGAAUCUUCUGCAGAAUAACAUAGGGGCCGUGGGCACUGUGAUCUUUCUGCGCUUCAUCAAUCCCGCCAUAGUUUCCCCCCAAGAGCUGGGAAUCGUGGACAAACAGGUGCACAGCUCGGCCAAGCGGGGUCUUAUGCUGAUGUCCAAAAUCCUGCAGAACAUUGCCAACCAUGUGGAGUUCUCCAAGGAGCAGCACAUGCUGUGCUUCAAUGAUUUCCUGCGCGAUCAUUUCGAGGCCGGUAGAAGGUUCUUUAUACAGAUUGCCUCGGAUUGCGAGACGGUGGACCAGACCUCGCACAGUAUGAGCUUUAUUUCGGAUGCCAAUGUUUUGGCCCUGCAUCGAUUGCUGUGGACACACCAGGAGAAAAUCGGCGACUACUUGUCCAGCAGCAGAGACCACAAGGCCGUGGGCAGGCGGCCCUUCGACAAGAUGGCCACCUUGCUGGCCUACCUGGGUCCGCCAGAGCACAAGCCCGUGGACUCGCACAUGAUGUUUAGCUCGUAUGCACGCUGGAGCUCCAUUGAUAUGUCUUCCACAAACUUUGAGGAGAUCAUGGUCAAGCAUCAAAUGCACGAGAAGGAGGAGUUCAAGACUUUGAAGUCGAUGAACAUAUUCUACCAGGCGGGGACCAGCAAGUCGGGAUAUCCCGUGUUCUACUACAUAGCCAGGAGAUACAAGAUUGGUGAAACCAAUGGAGACCUGCUCAUCUACCAUGUCAUCCUCACACUAAAGCCCUUCUGCCACUCGCCCUUCGAGGUGGUUAUUGACUUCACACACACCUGCUCGGAUAACCGCUUCCGCACAGAGUUCCUGCAAAAGUGGUUCUAUGUCCUGCCCACGGUGGCCUACGAAAACGUCCAUGCGGUUUACAUUUACAACUGCAACUCGUGGGUGCGUGAGUACACCAAGUUCCAUGAUCGCAUUCUGGCUCCCUUGAAGGGAAAUCGCAAGUUAUUGUUUUUGGAGUCGCCCAAUAAGCUCACGGAUUUCAUAGAUGCCGAGCAACAGAAGCUGCCGGGUGCCACGCUCUCCUUGGACGAGGAUCUCAAGGUGUUUAGCAAUGCCCUCAAGCUGAGUCACAAGGACACCAAGGUGGCUAUUAAGGUGGGUCCCACAGCUUUGCAGAUUACUUCCGCUGAGAAAACCAAAGUCCUGGCCCACUCGGUGCUCCUAAACGAUGUCUAUUACGCCUCGGAAAUUGAGGAAGUGUGCCUGGUGGACGACAACCAGUUCACGCUGUCGAUAACCAACGAGAGUGGUCAGCUCAGCUUUAUACACAACGACUGCGAUAAUAUUGUCCAGGCUAUAAUCCACAUCCGAAAUCGCUGGGAGCUCAGUCAACCGGAUUCCGUAACAGUGCACCAGAAGAUACGACCCAAGGAUGUGCCCGGAACUCUGUUAAAUAUGGCUCUACUUAAUCUGGGCUCUUGUGACCCGAAUCUGAGGACCGCUGCCUACAAUUUGCUGUGCGCCCUGACAGCCACUUUUGACCUGAAGAUCGAGGGGCAGCUUUUGGAGACGCAGGGUCUGUGCAUACCCUCCAACAAUACCAUCUUUAUCAAGUCGGUGAGCGAGAAGCUGGCCACCAAUGAGCCGCAUCUAACCCUGGAGUUCCUUGAAGAGUCCAUCCAGGGCUUCCAGCGUAGCACCAUCGAGCUGAAGCACUUGUGCCUGGAGUACAUGACGCCCUGGCUAAAGAAUCUCGUCAAGUUUUGCAAGUCCAAUGAUGACUCCAAGAAGCUCAAGGUCUCCCAGAUCCUAGACAAGCUCAUUAAUCUCACCAUUGAUCAGAAAGAAAUGUAUCCCUCGGUGCAGGCGAAGAUUUGGGGCUCUAUUGGCCAGAUCCCAGAGCUCAUUGACAUGGUUUUGGAUAACUUUUUGCAUAAAUCCAUUACCUAUGGCCUGGGGUCGCCCCAGGUAGAGAUCAUGGCUGAUACAGCUGUGGCUCUUGCCUCGGCCAAUGUCCAGCUGGUGUCCAAGAAGGUCAUCACUAGGAUGUGUCGCGUCAUGGACAAGUCCUGCACGAAUCCCACUCAGUAUCUGGAGCAGCACAUGAUGUGGGACGAUAUUGCCAUCCUGGGACGCUAUCUGCUCAUGUUGUCCUUCAACAAUUGCCUGGAUGUGGCCACCUCGGUGCCCUACCUCUUCCACACUAUUACCUUCCUGGUCUGCUCGGGAUCGCUUUCCAUGCGAGCCUCCACCCAUGGUUUGGUGAUCAACAUCAUCCACUCGCUGUGCACCUGCACAAAUCCCUCGUUUUCGGAGGAGGCACAGCGCGUGCUCCGACUUUCGCUGGAUGAGUUUUCCCUGCCCAAGUUUUAUUUGCUUUUCGGCAUCAGCAAGGUCAAGUCGGCAGCAGUCACAGCCUUCCGCUCUAGCUGCCGUCAUCCCACUGAUAAGUGGCUCGGAAAUGAGAGGGUCACGCAGCCUCUGCCUGCUGAUCGCGAGCGCCUGUCCCUGCCCUCGCUGGAGGUUAUAACGGAUGCCCUUCUCGAGAUCAUGGAGGCCUGCAUGCGCGACGUUCCCGACUGCGAAUGGCUGCACACCUGGACCUCUCUGGCCCGCAGCUUCGCCUUUUGCUACAAUCCUGCCCUGCAGCCAAGGGCUUUGAUAGUCUACGGCUGCAUCAGCAAAAGUGUGACCGACCACGAGGUGAAGCAGUUGCUGCGUAUCCUGGUCAAGGCUUUGGAAUCGUUCAACGAUUUGAUUCUAAUCGAGGCUUUGGUCAUGUGCCUGACGCGUAUCCAACCGCUGCUGCGACCAGAGUCGCCCAUCCAUCGGGCUCUCUUCUGGGUGGCCAUUUCUGUACUCCAGCUGGACGAGAUUACCCUGUACGGAGCAGGUUUGGCCCUGCUGGAACAGAACCUUCACACCCUCAAGUCGCAGGGAUGCUUUGACAAGAAGGAAACCAUAGCCGAGGUGAUGAUGAAGACGCGCGAGAAGCUGGAAUGGCACUUUAAGCAGCUGGAUCAUGCCGUGGGUUUGUCCUUCCGCAGCAACUUCCACUUUGCCCUGGUUGGGCAUCUGAUCAAGGGUUUCCGGCAUCCCACACCCACCACGGUUUCUCGCACCUCACGAGUGCUGACCAUGCUUUUGGGCAUCAUAGCCAAGCCGCUGCAUCGGGACAAGUUUGAGGUGACACCGGAUAGUGUGGCCUAUCUGACGGCUCUGGUGGCUGUUUCCGAGGAAGUCCGCUCCCGCUGCCAUGUUAAGCAUGCCCUGCCCCGCUGGCCAGCCGAUCUAAGCGGCAGUGUGGAGAAUGGGGAAGCUUCCAACGGAGGAGUGCAGGCAAUUGGCCAGCCCCUGUCGCGUAGGCAAAAGAGUUGGGACAUCCUGGACCAGUCUGCCUUGCAGUUUGCCCGACAGCACAAGGUUCCUACUCUUCAGAACGCGCGAGUUCUGUUCAAGACUCAACGCUCUUUCUCGGUGCCAACGACCAAAGAUCCGAACAAUGCCACCGGCAUCGAAGAACGUCAGGAACGCGGCUCGCGUUCUUCGGUGUCCAACGAGUCGAAUGUGCUGCUCGAUCCCGAAGUCUUGCCCGAUUUGUCCAUACAGGCGCUGGUUCUAACAGUUCUAGCCACUCUGGUCAAGUACUCCUCGGAUGAGGGUGAAACGCGUGUCCUGUAUCAGUAUUUGGCUGAGGGUUCGGUGGUGUUUCCCAAGGUGUUUCCAGUCAUCCACUCCCUGCUGGAUCAGAAGAUCAACAAUAUUUUGUCAGUGUCACACGAUCAGGUAGUGCUCAACUCGGUGCAAAAUAUUAUACAAAAUAUGUUGGCCAGUGAGGAUCCCUCCCAGCAGCAGCUGCACUUUUUGCAGAGCUGUGGUUUUGGAGGCCUUUGGCGUUUUGCGGGGCCCUUUACCAAGUACAACAUGAUGGGUGAAUCCUCUGAGCUUUUCGUAAACUGCUUGGAGGCCAUGGUCGAGACCUGUUUGCCUGGCGAUGAAUCGGCGCCAGUGCCACCAUCGCCGCGUCCUUAUAAUCUGAGUUCCAGCCUGAGCAGCCUGACCUUGGGCUCACCCACGGACAAGGCUGCAUGAAUAACAACAACAAACCCACGCACUAGACGUACCACACUAAUCGCAAAAGUAAUGCGUUUCCUAAAUCUGUUUAAAAAGUGCUUUUAGAGACAGUGAAAACCCCCACAGAGAGUCGUACAAAGUCAUAGAGUAUAUAUAUAUGUAUCUACAGUGGUAAUUGUAUAGAAUGUCCAGCAGAGCGAGCAGAGGAAGUGAACGCCAAGAUCGAUAAAUGUAAAAAGUGAUUGUAUAUAUGUGUAUGUGUAGAGAGGAAGCGAUCGAGAAGGAUGCUGUGGGCCGAAGGUUAAAGACAGAACCGCUGAGAAUAAAGAGAUAUCGAACGAAAUAUUUUUUAACGAAUAACGAUUGUACAUUUUAAAGAGAUUGUAAUCCGCCAUUAAUAGUAAGCACUUACGUACACCAAGUCCACCAGUUCCUGAGCAGACGAUGACCACGCGAAACGGAGUUAACCCAGAGAGCAAGCACAACGCAUGAACAUAUAUAUAUAAAACUGAGAUCAAACUAUCGAACAGAGGAAUAACCAAAAAGCUUUAAGAAGGCGGCAAGCCUCCAUUGAUUUGUAUUAUAAAAUAAUCUCCCCGGUAUCAGAUGGCAUUUAUUUUUCCUAUAAUUAUGUUUUUUUUUAUACAUUCUCAUCCUUCAUUUUGAUUUUACUAAUUUAUUUUUCAUUAGCUCAUAGCCUCCAAGAAAAUUUAAAAAAAAAAACACCAAAAAUUAAUCUACUAUUGUUAAGCUGAAAUACGACACAAAGUCCGCUUUAAAUAUAGUUUAAGUUUAGGCACCAUCCAACAGGUUUUUAAUCGAAAUACAGUUGAUAAGCGAACAGAAACGAAAAUUCAGAGAUUACGAAUGUUACACAUAUGUACCUCUUAUUAAGGAAAACGCAACAAAUUAGUACAUUUACUUUUUAGCACAAGAGAACACAUUUUUUUUUUGUAAUAAAAAACUAGAUGAGCAAAACCUAACCAGUUACUUUGCAUUAUUAAUCUAAAUGUAUAUGUGUGUGUUGCUAAAUGUGUAUUAAACGAAUAUAUGUAUCUUUGUAUAUUAGAGCCAUUUGAAGAUAUUUAUGAAGUGUUAAUGUCUUAAAUUUAUCAAUGUACAAGAAUAUCGAACAAAUUAAUAUACUUUCAAUAAAAAUGUUUACAUGAAUCGAAAAUAUA